AUGAGGUCCAGCGCCGGAAACAUAAAGGCGCAGUCCCCUCUAAACACCGACACCGUCCCCCACGUCAUCCCUUUCAUCCUCUCCCGCCUCGAGGCGCACACCAAAGCACAUGUGCCUACCUCAUCCCCGCCCCCCUUCUUCGUAGGCUUAAACGGCGUCCAAGGCGUCGGCAAAUCUGUGCUCGUCUCCCAGCUCAAGAAAACGCUAGAGUCAGAACCAUACAAUCUACGCACAGCAGUCAUAUCUCUGGACAACUUCUACCUCACGCAUGAAGAGCAGCAGCGCCUGGCGAAAGCCAACCCUACAAAUCCACUCCUGCAACAUCGCGGACAGCCAGGGACCCACGAGCUCCCGCUUGCAAGGAAUACGUUCCGUGCGCUGAGGGAGAGGGACGCCGUGAAGCUCCCGGUGUACAACAAAGCGGCGUUCAGCGACCAAGGCGAUCGAUGUCCAGAGGCGGAAUGGAUACCCGUGAAUCAGGAACCCUCCUCCAUCGUCCGCGUGGUCCUUUUCGAGGGGUGGAGUGUCGGAUUUCGCGCGUUUGCUCCGCAGCGCCUUGGGGAGAAGUACGAGCACGCAGUCUCAGCCUUGCGUUCCGCGCCAGAUGAGUACGAGGGCCGGCUGGCGCACAACACGCUGCGUUCUUUGACGACGGUAAACGAGGCUCUGAGGAGGUGA